CAAGUGGGCACGUAGUUAGUGCUGUCCUAGCCACCAAUCUUGACUUCUCACAUCAGCCAGCUGAAAAUGCCGGAAUCUUGCCCCUCUUCCAUUGUCUCUAUACAUCAUCUUCUUCCUUCUCUGGAAGUCUGAAUAUCAGCGCAGAGCACAUUCACACUCUUCUCCAUGCCUCCCCUCUGCACAUUACUACUCGGGCUUCUCCUCUUGCACACUCCUCACUGGUGCAUCUCCGCAGCUGUCAACGACGACACUCUCACGGCAGGCAAAGUGCUCGCCGUCAGCGGCAAGCUCGUCUCAAGAAAUGGCAAGUUUGCGCUCGGCUUCUUCCAGCCGGCAACAAGCACCAUCAUCAGUAAGUCGUCCCACAACGCCACCAGCUCCAGCUGGUACCUUGGUAUAUGGUUCAACAAGAUCCCAGUUUUCACCACUGUAUGGGUUGCUAAUAGGGACCAACCCAUCACCAACACCAACCUCAACCUAACACAGCUCGAGGUAUCAAGCGAUUGCAAUCUUGUCAUCGUAAACCAUGCCGGCGACACCGAAUCCAUAGUUUGGUCCACUCACAUUGUCAACAACAGGACACAAUCUAGCAGCAUAAACAACACCUGUGUUGCCGUUCUCUUGAACACUGGAAACCUUGCUCUCACUGCCACAGAGAGUCCAUCAUCAUCUAACCAACUGUUGUGGCAGAGCUUCGACUACCCAACAGAUGUUGUGCUUCCUGGUGCCAAGUUUGGCCGGAACAAGGUCACCGGUUUAAAUCGCCAGCCCAUCUCAAGAAAGAGUCUCAUUGAUCCAGGUCUCGGUGCAUACAGCAUCGAAUUAGACACCACCGGGAUCGUCCUCAAGCGCCGCAACCCCUCGGUAGUGUAUUGGAAUUGGGCAUCCUCCAGAACAUCAUCGUUGAAUCUGAUACCAAUACUCAAGUCCAUUCUAGAUUUGGAUCCACGAACCAAAGGUUUGAUUAACCCAGCAUAUGUUGAUAACAACCAAGAGGAGUACUACUUGUACACUUCACCGGAUGAAUCCUCGUCUUCCACGUUUGUCUCAUUAGACAUCUCUGGUCAGAUCAAGCUGAAUGUUUGGUCACAAGCCAACCAAUCUUGGCAAACCAUAUAUUCCCAGCCUGCUGAUCCCUGCACUCCAGCGGCUACGUGCGGACCUUUCACGGUAUGCAACGGCAAUGCACAACCAUCUUGUGAUUGUAUGGAGAACUUCUCCGAGAUGUCGCCACAAGAUUGGGAUUUCAAUGAUCGAACAGGAGGAUGCAUCAGAAAUACACCUUUACACUGCAGCAAUAGUAGCAACAACACAAAAAUGACAAGUUCAACAGACAUGUUCCAUCCCAUUGCUCGAGUUACAUUGCCCCACAACGCGCAAAGAAUAGACGUUGCUGCCACACAGAGCAAGUGCGAAGAAGCUUGUCUCAGUUCCUGCUCCUGCACUGCUUAUUCCUACAACAAUAGCAGAUGCUCUGUCUGGCAUGGGGAAUUGCUUAGUGUAAACCUGAAUGAUGGCAUUGAUAAUACUUCGGAAGAUGUUCUUUACCUUCGCCUUGCUGCCAAAGAUUUGCUGCCAAGUUUGACAAAAAACAAAAGAAAACCAAACGUUGGAGUUAUUACUACUGCAAGCAUUAUUGGUUUUGGGUUACUAAUGCUCAUGCUGUUUUUACUGAUAUGGAGGAACAAAUUCAAGUGGUGUGGUUUUCCUUUAUAUGACAGUCAAGGUAGUGCAGGUGGGGUUAUAUCUUUCAGAUACACUGAUUUAGUUCGUGCUACUAAAAACUUCUCAGAAAAGCUGGGAGGAGGUGGUUUUGGUUCUGUAUACAAGGGAGUGCUAAGUGACUUGAAGACUUCUAUAGCAGUGAAAAAGCUUGAUGGUGACCGUCAAGGAGAAAAACAAUUCAGGGCAGAAGUGAGCUCAAUUGGACUGAUACAACAUAUCAACCUAGUCAAGUUGAUUGGUUUCUGUUGCGAAGGAGAUCACAGGUUACUUGUAUAUGAACACAUAUUGAAUGGGUCUCUUGAUGGUCAUUUAUUUAACAAGAAUGUUGCUUCUGUCCUAAAUUGGAACACCAGAUAUCAGAUAACCCUCGGAGUUGCUAGAGGAUUGUCCUACUUGCAUCAGAGUUGUCAUGAAUGCAUCAUACACUGUGAUAUUAAACCAGAAAACAUACUUUUGGACGCAUCAUUUGUUCCUAAAGUUGCAGACUUUGGGUUGGCAGCAUUUGUGGGAAGGGAUUUUAGCAGAAUUCUGACUACAUUCAGAGGAACUGCAGGCUAUCUUGCCCCGGAGUGGCUUAGUGGAGUUGCUAUUACACCGAAAGUCGAUGUUUACGGCUUCGGUAUGGUGCUGAUGGAGAUCAUAUCAGGAAGGAGAAAUUCACCUGAAACAUACAACACCACCAACAGUACUUACCAUGUUGAAUAUUUCCCUGUGCAAGCCAUCAGCAAGCUUCACAGGGGAGAUGUGAAGAGUUUGGUGGAUCCUCAGUUGCGUGGUGACUUCAACUUGGAAGAGGCUGAAAAGGUUUGCAAAGUUGCAUGUUGGUGCAUCCAAGAUGAUGAGUUUGAUCGGCCUACCAUGGGUGAAGUGGUCCAGGUUCUCGAGGGCCUACAUGAGAUCGAUAUUCCCCCGAUGCCAAGACUGCUUGCAGCUAUAACGCAACAAUCUGGUGCUGCAGUUUCAAUGUAAUAACAAGUCAUAGUCGAUGCUAUUAAUUAGUUUUAGCAAAUUUUGAAGUUGUAGUAAUGUGGAGUGGAAGGAAUCAAAAGAAUGAAAGCUUGCAGCCAAUUUAAUUUUCUCUUAUUUGUUGUCAAUUAUGGCAAGCAAGCAUUUUAGCAAAAUAUGACAGAAAUAGAAAUAUGUGCAUGUUUUUUUGAUGGGAUA